AAGUGAAUCUGUCAAAUGAACCAAGCGUAUUUGCUUUCUUCUACUUUAUGAUAUUAAUAGUGCUUUAAAUAAUAAUAGUGUAUAAAAUUAUAAGCAACAUCAUGGUGCGUGUAAUUACGGUGCAUAAUUUCUUGGGACAAAACAUCACUCAAAUUGAGGAAUCAACUGCAAGCUGCAUAGCAAAUGCAUCUGGACGUGAAAUGCUCCUCUUAGCACUUUCAACACAUUGUGUUGAGGUAUGGGAAUUGACUGUGUCUGAUAUUAAAUUACACACUGUGUUCCCAACAGUUGACAUGAUCAGUCAAAUGAUACAUUGUGCUAAGGGUGAUUAUGUGGUCACAUUAGAAUCAAAAUAUGCUAGAGAUACGACAAUUAAUAAUCAGAUUGGGAAAGCUGCUAAUAAUUUUGUUAGAAUUUAUGUCAAUUGGGCUAUAGUAAAAGAUCAAAGUCAACCUAUGCGUGCUAGAAUAGCAGGACGUGUAACGCCUAGCUUAAAUAGGCCACUCAAUAGUUUAGAGAUGAUAGAGCUACCAUUGAGUGUACAGCCCACAUUAAUUGCCUGUUGCCAAAGCACUGGAAAUCUUUUAGUAGCUUCUGGAAAUAGUGCUAUUAUUCAUGAGUUUAAAAUUGAAACACAGCAAGUAUCUAAAAUGAAAUUCAUAGACUUUGAGUCAAGACCAUGGUCUUUGGGAUUUUCAUUCUGUCCUACGCACAUGGAGAUUGUAGAAGAUUUCAUUUCAGUCAUGGAUAAAUCAAAUUUAUGCGUUUUUAGACUGACUAAUUCAAUGUAUGAAGAUAUUGACCAAUUGAGCUCUCUAACUUCUACAAAUUCUUCAUCUAUUGAUAAGACAUCUAUAUCUACUGAUUCAUCCCUUGUGGAAUAUAGCAGUAGCAUGGGAAAUCAAGAUGAUAACACAGUAUCACAAGUAACCAAUUCAAGACACAGAAAUUCUACUCAAGAUCUUCAUUUUGUUACAUCAGAAACCAAUGAUAUAAGAUCUAAAAAUAAAAAACGUAAGAACUCCAAAACAAGCAUAUGGUAUAAACUAGAAACAGGAGAUUUUAAUGCAAUUAAAUGUAACAAUAAUAAAGGUAUUAUAGAUUUGGAUCGCUUAAUACACAAUGAAAAAGAUGAAUUACAAAGAUUGAUCAGCCAGGAUGUUAUUGAUGGGAGUUCACAAACACUGACCAUCAAUUUUCCAUCAAUAAGUUUAGAAAGAGCAGGACCUGGGCAUACUUUAAGCCCUUUUGUAUUAAAUCCAUCAGAUGUAAGAGUCAUAAUUAAAACAAAUUCUCCUGAUUUAGGUUGGUCAGAGAAUUAUACAAUAAAAAACUUAUUGUCUCUUAAAAUUGUAGCACCUAACAAUAAUUCCAAACUUGAUGGAAACUCUGAACUAUUCAGCUGUUUAUUGCUGAAACCGUUGUACAUGAGAAAAGAAUGCAACAGUUCUUGUCUGAAAAAAUCAAUUCUCAGGUCAGAUAAGUACAGGUAUUUGCAGGGUGUAAGUUGUUUCUUAUGCACAUUGCAAGAAGGUUACCUUUAUCACUUUUCUGCCACCUGUUCCAAUCCAACGGAUGCAACUUGCAUGACAACUUAUCCAUUUACCGCCCCUGUUAAUCAUGUAGCUUUAGAGCACACAGCUCUACACGCACUAACCGAAGCAGGUCUAGAAUCGUAUACCUUACGUUUGUCUCAUCACGUCGCGAAAAUGUCUAGCAACCUGGAUAAUUUUAAAGUUACAUGUCCCAGUGUUGCCGAACCCAUUUGCUUAAUCGGCUUGCGACCAUUUUUGGGGAUACAACAACUACUGCACAGCAAAAGCUAUCUAAUUCUGUUAGCGAAAGCGGAUAAUUCAUGGACACUGUACUCCUUAAUCUUACCCAAACUGGAGAAUUUAUAUUACGACAUUUUGAAUGCAGCGAGAAGUCAUAAAUCGUCCAGUCCUAGCACCUAUAGACAUUUGCUUGGUGAAGCCCAUGCUUUGAUACGUUUAGCGAAAGACACUGUGUGUAAUUCUGUGGAAAACGAUGACAUUGACGACACGUCGAAUAAAAAUGGUUCGAAACUGAAAAAUCUGUACAAUCAGUCAUGUGCACUUCUCGCUGAUUAUUAUAUUCGAUCGGAGUACGAAUCGGAUUGGGAUCUUUGCAUACCGUAUUAUAAGAUGUCGGGACUAAAACCCGCGGAAGUAUUAUCCAGAAAGUCGUGUAAAGAUGCACCAGGUCUUGUUACUUUCCUAACAGAGAUACUUCUAACGCUGAAGAGUGGUUCGGAGGCCGAUGCCUUGUUCCAAGGAUUUAAUAUCGUAGAAAUGAUCUGCAAACUGAAGAAAAACGAUUUACUGAAACUAAUUUUCGGUAGUCCCGUUUUGCGUGAAUACACUACUGAAAAAUUGAUACAUCUUUUAUUAUUAUACGAAACUGAUGAACUAGUUAAGCUGGCAUUGGCAGUUUUAUACAUUCAAGCAGAGAAACAGGAACAAGCUGAAAAAAUACUUGAACCAGUCUCAGCACAAUGCAUCAAAAGAGUGAUCAUCGAACAUUGGGACUUAUUGUUCGAUAUGACUGCCAUGAGAAAGAGAAGCCCGAUGAUUCCAACGUUCUCCGAUUUCGCUGGCAUGUUGAUGUGUCAAAAGAAUACAACGUUCGCUGAAAUCCUGAUACAAAUAAUCGAAGACGAUGGAAUUUUGUCCCUGCACCAAAUAAUACAAGUAUUUUUGGAGUAUCUACCAUCGAGGGUAGGUCGGGACGGGCACAAUGCAGCGAUGGCGUUGCAACUUUUCCUCGAAAAGUAUCUGCACAACUACUUUAGUACAAAAUUAAUCGCAGACUCGUCUGUUAUAAAUAAAAAUCAAAUACGCACGGAUUUUGCUUUGGUCGAGGCAUUUAAGUUACUGGUACGCUCGUACCUGGGCAAACUGUCUCAGACCAAGGUGUACAAACUAGAGAAUAAAGAGAGCCUAGACGAAAACUAUACUAAUUUCAUAUUUUCGAAGUUUAGACCCGAUUACUUAGAUAGAAUGCCACCUUACGCGAAAGAUUAUCAAAAGAUGUUAAACACGAACAACUUGAAAGAUUUAGCGAACAUUGAUAAGACUGACUCGGAAAAAGCUAUACCCGCGGAAUUAUUCAAGCUACAGUUGUUGCUGUCUUGCGAUUUUGUACCGAAUGAAUGCUUGCACGAAGUGAGACAAUUCCUUGACACGCAAGAAGUCGAAGGCAGCUUAUCUUUAAAGACCCUGUGCAUUCAGGAUAGAGAGGAAGUAACUACCAUUUUGAUGGAAAAUUGUCCUCAAGCUGUUGUACAAUACGCAAAGGAUGUUUAUACUAAUGAAUCUGAAUGGAAGUAUUUAAUCGAAUUAACACAAAAGAAAAUUUCUGUGUCAAACAUGCGACAGGAGUUGCAUUGUUUGUACACGCAAAUUAUGAAAGAAAUUCUAAAUUAUCUACCGCAUACAUUGUCAUUAGAUGGUUUACAUCGUGUUGUUCCAAAAGACGACAUGAUUGCAUUCCAAAAAUGUACCGAAAUGUGCACUCAAAUUAUGCACGCGGAACACGUUAAAUCUUUAAUGAUGGAAACCGGACAACAACUUUUGUCAACGUUAAAAUUAUGAGCAACAGUCUUAACUAAAUAAUUGUAUCGUCUUACGACGAUAGUGUAGGUCCAAUUCAUUUUAUCCAUAAAAAUAUACAUAUAUAAAUAUAUCGCGAAUACAACAACGAGCCGUGUUGUAUGCAAAUCAUAGGAGAGAUAUAUUCAGAACAGAGUAUACUUAGUCAAAUUUGUUAUGAACAAUAAUUAAUAAUUCCUCAUGUGAUACGACAUUUGCGAACUCCUAUUAACUCGCAAUUUAUCGCUUACCAAAAGUUACUUGCUAUUUUAUAUAGUUGUUGCAUUGUCUAUUCUGUAUACAUUUAUGUCCGUUCGUUUUUCUAUUUCGCUAACAAUUUUUGAAAUAUUAGUCUCACUUCUAUAUUGUUUAGAUAUUUUGGUGGUAAAUUUGCAAACAAUUAUUGUCUACUGCACAAUUUCGCAACCAUCAUUACUAUCUAGUCAUUUACAUGAUAUUUUAAAAAAUGCACAUAACUUGUGUUCCAAUGUUUUUACAGUAAUUAUAGCUAUGCACAAAAUUUUUAUGGACGAAGUUUUAUCAAAAAUUAUGUCAAAAACGAAGACAAAUACUACAGAUAAAAUUAAUUCAUAUUAUAACCAAUUGUUGAGAUGUUCUAUAUAGAUAUAUUAUAUUGACUCUAGGCGUAUGUUAUCUUUCCCUUAGCCAAUAUCAAAAUAAAAUUAAUUAUAGAAAGUUCAUAUAGCUGUCAAACUAGUCAAACAUAUAAAUCUCAGAACAGUUAAUAGUGUUACACAUCUAUUCCAUAAAUUGCUUUACAUGAUGAAGUAAAAAAUUCUGUAACAAUAAUUAGAUAUAUUUAAAUGUUUUCAAUAUUGAAUUGAAAAUUGUUUAUAUUUUAACUACUAAGGGUGAGGUGACGUGCGUUUAGAAAAUCUAAUAAUGCUAAGAUGGUUAAUUUUUACUGAAUUCGUUAAUCGUAUGAUGUAGUAUUUUCAUCAAUCUCUGAACGUUACGAGAUAUGUAACUUUAAUGUGCCUUUAGGACUAACUUCUCUUUGUUACAUAUAUAAUAUAAUUCUGUUAGAAAUGAUCUAUGAUAUUUAUAAAUUAUGAUAGAAAUAAUAUAUCUGUAACUCAUAUCAUAAUACUUCUUUACUAUAUAAUUACACUUCGAUAAUGAUAUUAAUUUAAUUUAAAGGAAAAUGGAGAUUAAUUUGUAUAUCUUUAAGGUCCUAAGGUUAAUUAUUUUACUCAGGGAUUAAUUCAUUUUUAUUGAUUCCAUAACAAUUUUAUGUACAUAUAAUUUAUAAUCCAUUUUCGAUUUAUAUAAAAGGAAAUAAUAGAAGUUGUAUACCUGUUAGAAAUAUUGAAUCAAAACAACGUCUAAAAAUAUAAAGUAUCGUAAUCGGAUAUAUAAUAUUGUUAAAUUACCCACUCUUGUAGCAGUGAAAUAUCGAAAUCAUGAGUCUAAUCGAUGUUUAUAUACACAUUUCUGAACUAUUGAAAAAUAGUUUUUAAGCAUUUUAUUUGUUACCAUAAAAACUAAAAACGGUUUAUACUCUUUCAACAAGUAGCAUCAACAAGUUUGCAUAUCUUCAUACAAUCUCGAACUCCUUAUUCAACCUCGCUAGAUCUCUAAAAUAAAAAGAGGCACUCGUUACACAUUUAACAUUAACAUUAACAUUAACAUUAACAUUAACAUUAAAAAUUUUAUUGCAACUGUUUAAAUUGUACCUGCUUUCUAUGGCAUCGAUUAGAUGGUAUUUAUACAUCAAUGAAAGAACAAGUCUUAAUGUUGACCAAAUAGUAUUCGACAUCGCUUUCGGUGAAAAGUUUUCACCCUGCGUUCCACGACCAGCUGCUUGUUGAUUUAAAGCAGUUAAAAGAUGUUCACCAGCUUCUCUACAAGAUAACAAAGAAUGUUGUACUUAUUCAAGAAUAAAAUAUUCGAA